AAAGCGUGGAAUUAAAAAGUAUUAUGAUAUCAUUAAAUAAAUGAAUAGGAAGAUCUAGCCAUUCUUCACUUAGUAAAGCAAUAUGGGAUAAAGAAAUGGACAACUGUGGCUGAAAAAAUGAAAGAAAUAUAUGGUUUAUUUGGUCGAUCUGGUAAAUAAUGCAGAGAAAGAUAUCAUAAUCAUUUGGACCCAACAAUCAAUAAAGAUCCUUGGAGUGAAAACGAAGAGAAAAUAAUCUUUUUGGCACAUAGGGAACAUGGAAACAAAUGGGUAAUAAUUGCAGAUUUAAAGAUGUUAAGGCAGAGAUUGCAAAAUUACUUCCAGGUCGAACAGAUAAUGCAAUUAAAAAUCAUUUUUAUUCAACUUUAAGAAGAAGUUUAAGACGCAUAAAUAAAAUGAUUGGCGAUAAAAACAGUAAUCAACGUAAAUAAAUAUUUAGCAAAGAAAAGUGUACCCAAUAGAUCAAGGACAUAAAGCCAGGUGUUUUGUCCAAGAUCUUCAUCCUAGCUGAAAAAAAUCCAUGUGAACUUAAGGAUGAUCAUAUGAAAAAGUUAUGUUUAGCUUGCAAAGGAUUAUAAGAUUCCAUACUUGAAUUUGCAUAAUCUAAACAAAAAUCAUUAAUUAUCCAAUUCAAUGAGGAAAAAUUCAAAUUAUUGAUAGAGAAAAUUAUGGACUUUAAGUAUUACUCUCAAACACUAUAUUAAGCGGACUUUAUACUAGAUAAAGGGAAAAUAAAUUAAAAUCAAGAAAAUUGAAUUUGAAGAAAAGAAAAAAUAUAGUUGAUGAUGAUGAUGAAGAGGAUGACUCAUAUUCUAGUUUUUAUAAAAUGGAUGACAAUAGUGUUUAAAUCCCAAUAAAGAGAUCAAUUCGUUAGAGUUCAAGAAAAAAGAUUGUAACUAUUUCUCACAUUAUGAUAUAGAAAUUUAAUGAUGAGAAUGAUCUUGAUAUGAUUAUAAGGACUAAAUAGGGUCGAGUUUUUUAAAUAAUCUACGAUAGAUUUUAAUUUUAAUCAGAUGAAAAUGUAUUUAUUUGACUUAUUAAAAGGAAUCUUCAUAAAAUUGUAGUCUGGAAUCCUAAAAUUCAAUUUAGAGUGUAUAGAACUAAAUUUCAAGUCAAAUAAUUCAGAGUACUUCUUAAAAAUCAAUUUCGAAAGAACAUUAAAAUGAAACAUGUCGAAAGGAGACUAUCACUAAUAAUUCUAGUUUCACACCUAUCAUUUUGAUAAGACCUGUUAUUUAUAAUUAAGACUUUGAUCAAUAUUUAGAAAAGCUAAAAUAAGAUAUAGGUUUAAAUUAUUCUUAUAUUUAGAUGCAAACUCUUAAAAAUAUUUUUAAGGAGAUGAUCUAAAUUUAGAUAUAAAUAUUGAUUUUGCAGAAGCAACUAAAGAUUUUACUAAAUCAUCUAGCUCUAAAUUUGGGUACACUCAAAGUGCGUUUAAAAAAUACAAGAAAGAUCUAGAUUUAGAUAAUUUCUUAGUAACACCAAAUAAUAAUAAAUGA